CGCAGUGCUGCCCGCGUCCCGCCCGGCCCCGCCAUGCCCGCGCUGCCGCCCCGCGCCCGGCCGCUGCCCUGGCUGCUGCUGCCGCUGCUGCUGCUGCUCCGCGCCGGCCCCGCGCGCCCCGACCCGCAGGUGUUCGGCGACGGGGAGCAGGUGCGCAUGACCUCGGAGGGCUCCGACUGCCGCUGCAAAUGCAUCAUGCGGCCGCUGAGCAAGGACGCGUGCAGCCGGGUGCGCAGCGGGCGCGCGCGCGUCGAGGACUUCUACACGGUGGAGACGGUGAGCUCGGGCGCCGACUGCCGCUGCUCCUGCACCGCGCCGCCCUCCUCGCUCAACCCCUGCGAGAACGAGUGGAAGAUGGAGAAACUCAAGAAGCAGGCGCCGGAGCUCCUCAAGCUGCAGUCCAUGGUGGACCUCCUGGAGGGCACCCUGUACAGUCUGGACCUGAUGAAGGUGCACGCCUACGUCCGCAAGGUGGCCUCCCAGAUGGACACGCUGGAAGAGAACAUCAAGGCCAACCUGAGCCGGGAGAACGAGGAGGUGCGGGAGAGCGUGCGGCACGUCAGCGAGCAGCUGCGGCGCUACGAGAACCACUCGGCCAUCAUGACGGGCAUCCGGAAGGAGCUGGCCAGCCUGGGCCUCCAGCUGCUGCAGAAGGACGCCGCGGCCGUCCCCGCCGCCCCCGCCCCCGCCCCCGGCCCCGGGAGCACUGCUCAGGACACGGCUGGAGGGAAAAGCAAGGAGGUCAACAAAUACAGCAGUGUGCAGAAGAGCUUUGUGGACAAGGGCCCCCCGAAACCCCCCAAGGAGAAGCUGCUGAAGGUGGAGAAGCCCAGGAAGGAGGGCGGCAAGGGCAGACCCCCGCAGCCCACAGCCAAGCCCCGGGCCCUGGCGCAGCAGCAGGCCGUGAUCCGAGGCAUCACCUACUACAAGGCCGAGCAGAAGGAGGCGGCCGAAGCUGGGGCCGACAGCGCCCUCGGGAGCUCUUCCUGGCAGGAGCAGCCGCCGUCCAAGGGGGUCGGCAGGUCGUGGGAGCCAAGCUCGACGGAGCUCGAGGAGGCCGCACCCCAGACCUCCGAGGGGACUCCCUUAGCCUCCAGCACCCCCGCCUCAGAGCCCCCCACGCCCCCCACGACCACCCCCACCACCAGUGUCCUGCCCACUGUCGCACCUUCGCCCUCCGAAGUUUCCAGCCAAGGCAGAGAGGCGGGCUGUGAAGGCACCCUCCGGGCCGUGGACCCGCCCGUGAAGCAACACAGCUACGGGCGCCACGAGGGAGCCUGGAUGAAGGACCCCACCGCGCGGGACGACAGGAUCUACGUCACCAACUACUACUAUGGCAACAGCCUGGUGGAGUUCCGCAACCUGGAGAACUUCAAACAAGGCCGCUGGAGCAACAUGUACAAGCUCCCCUACAACUGGAUCGGCACGGGUCACGUGGUGUACCGCGGCGCCUUCUACUACAACCGCGCCUUCACCAAGAACAUCAUCAAGUACGACCUGCGCCAGCGCUUCGUGGCCGCCUGGGCGCUGCUGCCCGACGUGGUGUACGAGGACACCACGCCCUGGAAGUGGCGCGGCCACUCGGACAUCGACUUCGCCGUGGACGAGAGCGGCCUGUGGGUCAUCUACCCGGCCGUGGACGACCGCGACGAGGCGCAGCCCGAGGUCAUCGUGCUGAGCCGCCUGGACCCCGGCGACCUGUCGGUGCAGCGCGAGACCACGUGGCGCACGCGGCUGCGGCGCGGCGCCUACGGGAACUGCUUCCUGGUGUGCGGCGUCCUGUACGCCGUGGACACGUACAGCCGGCAGGACGGCCGCGUGGCCUACGCCUUCGACACGCACACGGGCGCCGAGGCGCGCCCGCAGCUGCCCUUCCGCAACGAGUACGCCUACACCACCCAGGUGGACUACAACCCCAAGGAGCGGGUGCUGUACGCCUGGGACAACGGCCACCAGCUCACCUACACCCUCCACUUCGUGGUCUGAGGGACUCAGGGCCCAGCGGGGCUCCCAGAGCCACUCUGGGGAGCAAAUGAUUUGGGGGGGGGGGUCCUAGCCCCAGGGUGCGAGGUGCUGGCAUAGCCGGGGCGAGGGCAAUGUCCAUCGCUUCCCUUUGCAGAGUUUCCUGCCGAGGGCUUUCUGGGCACCAAUCUACUUUCUCCUCCCAGCUACACCCUCGGAAGUAGAGGGUGUUAAACCCAUUUAACAGAGGAGGAGACUGAGGCUUACAGGGACAAAAUCCCUCAGGCCGGAGCCGUGGUCAGCAGGGAGGGCGCUUAUCUUGCAUACGGCCGACCCAGUUCAGUCCUCGAUACCCCAUAUGGUCUCCCGAGCACCCCAGGAGUGAUCCCUGAGCACAGAGUCCGCAGUAAGCCCUGAGCACAGCCAGGCAUGGCCCCAAAGCAAAACGAAACAAAACAGAGGGUCCAAGCCCCUUGACAGAGGCGCCCCAGCACCUCCAGCCUGCCCUGUGCACCCCUCUUCCCUCGUGCUCUCAGCCCUGCCUUCCCUGGGCUGCUGGCGAUGGGCGGGGCCCUCUCCGCACCCCCCACCCCCUCCUGGCUCAGCUCUUGGUGGCCCGGCUUGGGCUUGUUGACUAACAUUCCCUCCCCCUCGCCUUUGGCCAGACCCCCUCCGACCCCACCCGCCGUCCAACCGCAUUCCAAACCUCCCCGGUCACCCAGCCCCUGAGCACAGGCCACACCCCGAGAAAAAACACCAGCCCGGUUCCAAGGCCACCCCCCACCCCCCACCCCCCACACACUUUCUUUCUGCUUUCUUUCUGCUUCUGCCAUU